CACCAUAGCAAGGUAUAUGUGUAAAAAAGUCUACCUACAGUUUAAAUGAAGAAGGCAGAGAAUGUUGUGAUCUCGGUUGUGAUUCUCGGUUGUGAUUCUGACAAACCCAAGCUAAUAAGCGAUUGGGUAUUUUUAAAAAUAUAAUGGGCUGUGGUAUUUGGUAAUCAUGGGCCUAAAUUUAAGAGCCCAAAAGAAACAGAACAUCGUCGUCGUAUAGUGUUUGCUGCUUGUCCUCGUUUCUCGCGUGAACAUAAAGCGGAGAUCGGAGAGAAUCGGAUAAGAAGAAGAAGAAGAGAAGGGUUUUGUUACCGAUUCCUGCAAAACGUCACUGAAGAUGCAAUUAACUCUUGAAUUCGGCGGAGGUUUAGAAUUGCUCUGUGACUCCGUCAAGAUUCAUAAAGUUAACAUCAACUUCCCCAAUGAAUCUGAUAUCUUGACAAUGAAGGAUUUGCUAUCAUGGGUUCGUACCAAUGUAAUCAAGGAAAGGCCUGAAAUGUUCAUGAAAGGCGAUACUGUGAGACCUGGAGUUCUCGUGCUGGUUAACGACUGCGAUUGGGAACUUAGCGGCCAGCUCGAUACAACAUUAGAAGAUAAAGAUGUUAUAGUUUUCAUUUCGACUCUGCACGGUGGAUGAGUAUUGAAAUAGCAGAGCCAUGACCACCAAUCAUUCUGCUCUUUUCCAACAACUUGUGAUGAACAUUCCACAAAGCUUUGUAACCCUCUGGCUCAUUGUUACUUCUGAGUUAUAAUUUGUAAUAAUUGAGUUAUGAAUCUUAGCGAUUAGAAUCAGAAUCACCGCAUGGUUGCUUUAAUGCAGUGUGCCUUAUGGAUGUAGUGUAUCAUUGAAAUUCUCUCUACAUACAGGAAAAUGUUUG